AUGCACGUAAAUUACUUUGUAAUUUUCUCUUUAAUUGUCGGUAUCGAAUGUGCGUUUUUUGAUUAUACGGACGUCUUCUCGGAUGAUCUGUAUCAAUACUGGGAUAAAAAUGCCAGGAUAGUGAAUCAAAAUCGGGAGUGUCGCGCUGACGGUGACCAACAGUUGGUUGGGGUUUGCAAAAAUAUCGCAGAAUGUGCUUGGAGCGGAGGCGUUUCACGAAGAUCCACUACUUGCGGUUUUCUAUCCCAAUGUUGCACUCAUCGCCAAAGUUGCAACGGGAGAACCUCCGCAAAGGUAUCGUACUUUACGAGCAACCAGCAAACAGCAAACAGUUGCGACUACACCGUUCAACUAAUGAACAGAAAUAUUUGCCAGUUAAGGUUGGAUUUUGUACAAAUGAACCUCGAGAAACCGAACGAUAAUGGACAAUGUGCAAAUGGUUCAUUUUCCGUAGUCAACUUUAAUAAUAUCCCAACAAUAUGCGGAACUAAUAACGGACAACACAUGUACGUUCACAUAACUGGAGGUCAACCAAACAGUGUUACUCUUAACAUUCAGAAUCCAACAGUGAGCAACAGCUGGUUAAUAAAAGUAACGCAACUGUACUGCCCCGGUACGAGUAUUUUGCCCUUAGGCUUAGGACAAUACAGAGAUAUGGCCCAAGAUUUCCCAAUGUUAGCUCCUCCGGGUUGCCUGCAGUACAACACAGGACGGACAGGAAAUUUCAGUUCGUUUGGAUAUUCAAGCGGUGACACCUCAUCAAAAUAUAGUGCCGGACAAAGGUACACCAUUUGCUUCAAAAACCCAGAUCCCGUACGAAACCAGUGCAUGAAAUUUGUUCUACAAGAAUUUAAUUUAGCACAGGACACAUUUUUGUUUGUGGUGGGUGGUACUACACCUGAACGACUCACUGGGACGGGCUUGACCACGAAUACGUUCUACACGUACCCGGGUAUCUACUCCGUGUACUUCCAGUCCGCUGCGCCACCGAACGGCAUCCCUAUAGGUCAGGGAUUUCUAAUAUCUUACGAUACGAGUGGAUCUGCACCAAAUUGUGGAAGUUCAAUCGCUUGAGACAAGAUACUUGUUCAUUUAUUGAUUACGUUGUACCAUGAUUAUUAAAUUGUUAA